CUCAUCGAGUACGUAUUUUUUAAGCCAUUGCUUUUCCUUCUCGUAUCCAUAAUGAAGGUCAGUGUGACAGUCUCUUCUUCCAUCUGUUGAGUCAGUGGUGGAGCAUACAAGUCUUCUGCUAGAACUAAUGGUUGUACAUCAGUGAAUUGCAAUGGAAGUGAUGCAAAGUUUUCUCUCUUGUUUGGGAAAUCCGUCCAAAACAUUUAUCUCACAAACAGUCCAAGGAACAUCUUCUGUUGGGUGUUGUUAAGUGAAGUGGCAGUUCCAUGAAAAUGAACCACGUGUGGUAGUAGAAUUGGAUUGUGGAUUGUUGUAAAUGAUGAGCAGUGAAAUAGAAUAGGAUGCUUGGUUUGAGUUGACUUCAUCAGCUGCUGUCUACAUACAAGUGCCUUUAGAGAUGGUGGGAUAGAGCUGUCUUGACAACCAGGAGGAAAAGUUCCUUUGAAAGACUGGUGUUUCAAAAUCUCUUUGCGCACUAUUUUUGCAUCAACUUUGGUAUCUUGUUUGUUUGUAUUCCUUAUAGUGUCUCCAAUGUUAUGAUCAGAAACCAGUAGUAUAUCUCGUCUUUGUGAAUGUGCUGAGAUGUCUGGAAAUGCUAGGAGUAUUUUUUCCUUUAGUCUUGUAGUGUUAACUAGUCUCCCCCACAGCCGCUUUCAGUGUCGUCACGCAACGUUUUCUCCCCCGAGUAGCGGCUGCUUACCCGAGCACAACAUUCCUUUCCUAUGAAUUAACCAAUCACGGCUCAGUUCUCGAAAUCCAGGAACCAUUCGUGCCAUAUGGAAAACAAGAUGGCGUCGUUAGAGGAAGGUUUCGAGACAGCAUCCAAGAAAUUUCGUAUUAAGGAGUUUAAUGGUCAUCAGAAAGAAGCUAUACAAAAGAUUUUACAAGAAAAACGAGAUGUAUUUGUAAAUCUACCAACCGGGUAUGGGAAAUCGCUAAUUUUUCAAGCUCUGCCGUGUAUUUUUGAUCAUAAGUUGGGUUCGUGCGGAAGCAUCGUUGUGGUUGUUUCUCCGUUGUUAAACCUAAUAAAAGACCAAGUAAUGUACCUUAACAGUUUGGGUAUCAGUGCCAUAAGCAUCAGUGAUAUUGAAAGUGAAGAUGAUCGUCUUGAGGUAGAACGAGGGAAAUACUCCUUGGUUUAUGGAACGCCAGAAGCAUGGCUUAAGAAUGAGCGAUGGCGAGCGAUGCUACAGAACAUGACGUAUUCAGAAAAACUCUGUGCACUAGCCAUCGACGAAGCACACAUUAUUAAGCAGUGGGGGACUUCAAUAAACAAGAAACUGGCACCAUUCAGAGAUGCCUAUUCCAGGCUACAUGAGUUCAGAACCCUUGCACCUGGUGCCAAAAUGAUUGCUUUGACUGCAACAGCCACCAAGACAACAAGAAAGAUAAUAUUUGAUGUUCUUAGAAUGAGGAAUCCUCACAUAAUAUUUGAGAGUCCCAACAAAGAAAACAUCCAAUAUUCUGUUGAAUAUUUACCUAAGGAUUUUGAACUGGAGAAUUAUUUUAGCUGGUUGGUAGAAGAUUUGAAAGAAGAAAAAAAGUCUUGUGACAGAACAAUAAUAUAUUGUCAGACUAUAAACCAAUGCGCUUUAUUGUAUGCAACGUUAAGAGGACUUCUUGGGAAAGAUCUCAUGUGUCCAAAAUCCACUGGACCAUUACUUGAGAUGCUACACUCAUGCACUCCAUUAUCUAAUAAGCAAAAGACCUUACAGUCUUUCACAGAAGAAAAUGGUACUGUACAUGUGCUUAUAGCAACAAUAGCUUUUGGUAUGRGCAUUGAUUGCAAGGGUGUGCGCAGAGUUAUUCACUUUGGUCCUUCAAAGAACAUUGAAAGCUAUGCACAAGAAACUGGUCGAGCUGGAAGAGAUGGAGCCCAAUCAUCAGCUUUCUUGUUGUAUAAUGGAAUAUUUCUCAGCCAUGUGGAAGGAGACAUAAGAUCUUACAUCGAAAGUGAAGAAUGCAGACGUAGUACUCUCUUAAGUCACUUCCAAGCAGAGUACACACCUCUUACACCUCAACACCUAUGUUGUGAUAUUUGUGCUUCCAAAUGUAAGUGUGAAAUGACCAACUGUAGAAAAACUUCCACCUACCCUAAAAAGGAUGUAACUACCAAAGUCUUUGUGCCUCUCAGAUGUCGACAAGCCUCUCAAACAGAGAAGGAGCAGAUGCAAAAUAUGCUUAAAAUUUAUCACAAGAGUCUGGUAGCACAACUAUUAAAGACAUCCCCUCAGGGAAAUUUAAACACCCUUACAGAUGUUUCUUUCUUACUUGGAUUCUCAGAUGUACAAAUAAGUCGGGUAUUGGAUAACAUUCAAUACUUGUUUACUUUGAAUGAUAUAUGUAAUCUCAUUGAGAUAUGGGACACAAAACAUUCCAAGAAAAUACUGCAAAUUGUAAGUAAUGUUUUUGGAGAUGUGGAUGACACUUUAGCCUUUGAAAGUGAUGAUAACACAUUGGAUGACGAUUUGUUACUCGAUGAGUGGGAGGUUUUCCUUGAAGAUGAUAAUCUACUAAACAUGGCAGCAGAAAAUUUAUUUCAAGAAUCUUAUAUAACAACAGGUCAGCACCAAUUAUCACAUUUGGCUGAAGACUCUUUUUAUGAACACAACGUUAGUGACUCAAAUGCAUCAGUUGAUGUGGGUAUACCCAAUGCAAUACAUGAUGCUUUAUCAAAAAUGAGUUUAGAUUCCUGAACUACCUGAACAGUUAAUAUUGAAGUUUACCACUGUUUAUCAAAUUCAUAUAACAAAUAUUCUAUAAGCUUUGC